UCAAGUUUUGUUUUGACGUUUCCCCAAAGGUGUCCUAAGGUCCUCGUCGUUUGGAACAUUACUAUAUUUAUCUCCCGCCGAAGCGAAAUUCCUCCGGGUGAAUAUAUAUUAAGUUAUAUUGAAAGGAAAACGUCCUGUGGAAUAAAAUAGGACGUUAAAUUACGGGAGGAGAGGAGCCUUGUCUGCCAUUAGAAGAUGAGUGGUGGGAAGCAAAGACCGAGCAUCUUGGAUAAGUCUCUCAGUCGAGGGAAAUCCGAAGUUAGCCUUACAGCCUAUGCCCUGCUCUUCUCAGAGAUGGUGCAGUACUCCCAGAAUCGUGUCAAAACGGUUAAUGAGCUGCAUAACAAGUUAUCAGAACUGGGCCAGAAUGUUGGCGUGCGGAUGGUAGAGUUGUUGUUCGUCAGGGAGAGGAACUACAAGCGCGAGAUUAAGCUCCUCAACAUCUUACUCUUCGUCAAGGGAACACUGUGGAAGUCGCUGUUUGGAAAAGAAGCGGAUAAACUAGAUCGUGCAACGGAUGACGAGAGAAUAUAUUACCUCAUCGAGAAGGAGCCUCUGGUGAACCGAUUCAUCUCAGUGCCUCGAGACAAGAGUUCCAUCAAUUGUGCUGCUUUCAUUGCAGGCAUAAUAGAAGCUGUGCUGAAUUCCACAGGCUUUCCAGCCAAAGUGACGGCACUGUGGCACAAAGGAACGACCUUUAUGAUCAAGUUUGAUGAAAAUGUUCUCACCAGAGAUAAGCAGCUGGAAGGCCGAUAGUAUCGAGAUGUGAAGAAAUAGGUGGUAGAGGCUUUUAUAAUAUAUGUACUGCAAUAAGACUACCGUAAUGUAUUAUAACUUGAAGUUCUUUACUUUAUCUCCUUGCAAUUCAUGCAACGUUCGAUUUGAAGAGCCGGUUGACGUCACAAAAUGGAAUGACUUAUGAAACUGACAUCGUGUCAAGUGACGAAGUGCUUUUCUUGUUUAUGGAUAAUGAAAGAAUUAGUGAUACUGGAGGUAUGAACCUUGUUUCCUUGUAUGUACACUUACCUUGUCGGAUGUUGUUAACCCAAUUUCGAUUGAGUAAAAGCAGUGAAAAUUGUUUUUAUAAUUGAUAUAUUAUUUCAUUCAGUAAUUGUCACUGAGGUUUAGGCGUGUACACUGCAGUCGUGUCUUACUCGUAUUUUUGUGCUUACUAUUUUGUUCUUACAGAAUCCUCACAGAGUGAAAGCAUUUAAAUUGAUUUUUCCAAGCACUCUGUACCUUCAAAGCACUUAGCUUUAUAUAUGACUUGUCACCUUGGUUUACUGGUUGUAAUUUAUAAUGUAAAAUAAUUUAAUCCUAAAUCUGACCAAAGUGAUGAAGUUUUCAUACGACGCAGAGUUUUACAAGGCAGAACUCAACAGCGAAGUAAAACUUCAUUAUGAUCCCCCACCAUUAACCACGUAUGUACUCCCGUUUUCAUUUCAAGGAUAAUUACGUCAACCUUUUCAUAAAAUCCUAUAAAGGCUUAACAUUCGUUUUAUGAUGUGGAAUGGGGUAAGACUGAGUCAAUGGAGGUGCAUUAUGAAGAAUCGCACAUGGGCAUAUAUUGUUUGCAGUUGCGACCUUCACAUUCCUGCAAAUUCAUGCAUUGCACCCAGAUUAAUUUGAAAUCUUCAGGAAAUAAUGAAAAUUGAUCUUAGUAUGACAUUUAAUAAAAUAUAUGAUCA